CGAAGCGCGUACAACAGUGGUAUAGUUCUCGUAGAUUCUAUAAAUUUAAUAAAUCAGAAUUUUUUACACGAAUCAGUUGAUUGUUGUUCCCAAAGUUGUCAUCAAUAAUGGAAACUGAACCGUUAAUUGAUAAAAGCUCUGAUUACGACGAGAACAUCGGUAGACGCUACAUAUGGAAAAAUAGUCUUGAUUUUUGCAUAUGUUUCAUCAUGUUUUUUUUUUUAUAUGCAGCACCGACGUUAUGUGCGUCAAUAAUAGUGACGAGAAUCCUAGAACCAUCUGAAGAAAUUUUCUUCCCUUCUGAAUUGAUGACAUUUACAUUUUUACUUAUCAAUCUCGUUGGCAUAGCGUUAACAGCAGAUUUACAUUCGAUGGGAUUGAAAAAAGACGAUUUCCAUAAAUGGUCGUCACUUAAGUUCGACCGCAUUCAAGGCAUGGUGGAAUCCGUAUUGAUGAUUCUUUGCUUUCUGACUUUUCCCCUGUCCGCUUUGUCUACUCUGGGUACAUUACUACCACCUGCAGAUCCUCAUGAGGAUCGAAUUCAAAACAGAAUAGUUACCAUCAUCAUGCUCAUAGUUUAUUUCAUAUGGUUGUUUAAUUUCCAUACAAAAUUGACAAAGAAAUAUAUCGUAUUUUAUCGAAAUAAACAAAGAUCAAGUUCCAACAGUACAAUUAUAAGACAAAACAUUUUUGACGAUAAGUUAUAUUAUAUUUCCAUGUAA